UUGUGUUACUUAAUGUAGUUAAUAGACAAAAAAGGAAACUGGUUUCUAUGGGAAUCACUAUGUGGUCCUUUCAGGCACAAUCUCUCCAGGCUUAAAGAGAAAAUCUCUGUCCCCGCCCGCUCCAUUCCAUGCUCACUCUCUGGCAUCACGUUUCACUCUGGCAAGUUGUCUUCUAAAGAGUCCAGCUGGAGAGGUAAGAGGUCAGGGAGCCCAGUUCUGUGAGUGGGAAACAGGACGAAGAGUGAAGCGCUCCACUUAGAGCAGCCAGAGAGGGGUCGGGACAAAGGUCCCUGGGCGUGGCUUUCAUUCUGUUUCAAGAGCAGUGUCUAGGGUGUAUAGAAGCCUGCCGGAGUUUCACUUUUUCCUCUCCCAACCUGUGUUAGGUCUUUAUUCCUGGACACAACGUGGCCAGUUCUCACUCCCAUUGCGUUUUCAGUUCUUAGAGAAGCUAAUUAGCGUCACAGCCCAGACCACAGUGACCCCUUCUCUUCAAAUCUGAUUAUGGUGCCCCGAGACCUCCUCCUGCUGCUGUCAGGGUUCUUGGCCCUGACCAAGACAUGGGCAGGCUCCCAUUCCAUGAGAUAUUUCCACACUGCGGUGUCCGGGCCCGGCCGCGGGGAGCCCCGCUUCAUCGCCGUGGGCUACGUGGACGACACGCAGUUCGUGCGCUUCGACAGCGACGCCGCGAGCCCGAGGAUGGAGCCGCGGGCGCCGUGGAUGGAGCAGGUGGGGCCGGAGUACUGGGAGCGAGAGACGCGGAUAGCCAAGCACGCCAUACAGAUUUACCGAGUGGGCUUGAACAACCUGCGUGACUACUACAAUCACAGUGAGACCGGUUCCCACACUCUGCAAAGAAUGUUUGGCUGCGAAGUUGGGGCGGACCGGCGCUUCCUCCGUGGGUACUGGCAGCACGCCUACGAUGGCCGUGAUUACAUCUCCCUGAACGAGGACCUGCGCUCCUGGACCGCGGCGGACACCGCGGCUCACAUCACCAAGCGCAGGUGGGAAGCGGCAGGGGAAGCCCAGCAAGAGAGGGCCUAUCUGGAGGGAACGUGCGUGGAAUGGCUCCUCAGGCACCGGGAGAAUGGGAAGGAGACAUUGCAGCGCACAGACCCACCGAAGACACAUAUCACCCACCACCCCAUCUCUGACCAGAAGGUCACCCUGAGGUGCUGGACCCUGGGCUUCUACCCUGCGGAGAUCAUUCUGACUUGGCAGAGAGAUGAAGAGGACAUGGAGCUUGUGGAGACCAGGCCUGCAGGGGAUGGAACCUUCCAGAAGUGGGCAGCUGUGGUGGUGCCUUCGGGGGAGGAGCAAAGAUACACGUGCCACGUGCAGCAUGAGGGGCUGCGUGAGCCCCUCACCCUGAGAUGGGAAUCAUCUCCUCAGUCCACCAUCCCCAUCAUGGGAAUUAUUGCUGGCUUGGUUCUCCUUGGAGCUGUGGUUGCUGGAGCUGUGGUGUCUGUGGUGAUGUGGACAAAUUGCUCAGAUAGAAAAAUACGGAGCUACAUGCCAGCUGCCAGCUCCUGUGUAUUUGUACUCCAGCCAGGGAUGGUGCCCAGAGCUCUGAGUUGUCUCUCCCAGCUUAAGAAGUGUGAGACAGCUGCCCUGUAUGGAACUGAGUGAUACAGGAUUUGUGUAUGUCCCCACUUUAUAACUUCAAGAAUCCCUGGACUCUUUUUAUGCAAAGAUCAUCUUACAGGAAUAAUGCUAUUAAUAGCAUGUGAUAGUGCUGGGGAAUUCUUUUUCUGCUCUGCUCACCUGCCUGUCUCCCUGCCAGUAGCUCUAGCAAUCCUAGAGCUGGUUCCGUGUCAACCUAAGUAUUUAUGAGGCAGAGUCUAAUUUGAUUCGUAUUUAUUCAGAAAAUAGGGUCCAUAAGUCAAGGAUUGUUGUUCUCUGGAGAGAGAAAUUGACCAUGUUCUGUGGGAAGGAGGGAGGGGGGCUGCACUUGGGAGAAAAGCCCAGGUGACCCUCACCUUAGAGUGAGAGGACCUUGUGCUGCAGCUGUCACAUAGCAACCUUUGAGCCAAGGCUCCAUUAAUAAAGAUAGUGUCUCCUGAAGGAGGAGUCUCUGCAAUG